AUGUUUGAGAUUGGCAAGCCGCUGGGCAAGGGCAAGUUUGGGCGGGUGUACCUCGCGCGGCACCGCACGUCGGGCUACGUGUGCGCGCUCAAGGUGCUGCAAAAGGACGAGGUGGCGGCCGAGGGCGCCGAGGCGCACGUCCGCCGCGAGAUUGAGGUGCACAGCCGCCUGCGGCACCCGGCCGUCAUUGGCUUUUACGGCUGGUUCCACGACGCGCGCCGCAUCUUCAUCAUCCAAGAGUUUGCCGCCGGCGGCGAGCUCUACAAGUCGCUGCGCCGCGCCGGCCGCUUCUCCCAGCGGCGCGCCGCCGUCUACGCCGCGCAGGUCGGCCAGUCGCUCGCGUACCUGCACGCCCGCGACGUCAUGCACCGCGACCUCAAGCCCGAAAACAUACUCGUCGGCUUGCACGGCGAGCUCAAGCUCGCCGACUUUGGCUACAGCGUGCACGCGCCCAGCAACCGGAGAGGGACCAUUUGCGGCACGCUCGACUACCUGCCGCCCGAGAUGCUCAACCAGCGCAAGGUCUCGUACACGAGGGCCGUCGACCAGUGGACGCUCGGCGUCUUGACGUACGAGUUCUUGACCGGCGAGCCGCCGUUUGAGGAUGAGCCGCAUCAGACUAAGAGGCGGAUUGUCGCCGGAGACUUGAAGCCUUUACCUUCCUCGAUAUGCCCCGAGGCAAAGGAUUUUGUGUAUUCGCUGCUCGACCAAGAUCCGGCGAAGCGAUUACCGUUGACAGAGGUGAUGAACCAUCCCUGGAUAAGAAUGCAUUGCGAGAAGAAAAGGCCCUCACAUAAAGGAGCAUAG